AUGGCGGAUAAAGGAACCAUCAUCGUCACCGGCGCCAACGGCGGUCUAGGAAGCGCCUUGGCCGAGCAUAUUGCCUCCAAGCCCGAGUUUCUGGGUCAUCAUGGGAUUUACCUCGUGCGAGACGCGUCAGCAGCGCCGGCGCUCACCGCGGCCCUUUCGCGAGGCUCAGCGUCGCACAAGCAAGAGGUGGCAUCUCUGGACUUGACCAACCUCGGCAACGUACGACAAGUCGCACAGCACAUCAAUAGCCGCGUGUCUGCUGGCCAGAUCCCGCCCAUCCGUGCCCUCAUCCUCAACGCUGGCUUCCUAGACUUUGGCAAGCAGAAGUGGACGAGUGACGGGUUCGACGUUACGUUUGCAGCCAACUAUCUCGGACAUUGGCUGCUCAAACUUCUGCUGCUCCAGAGUAUGGACAAGGAAGCCGGUCGUAUUGUUGUCAUUGGGAGCCAGACACACGAGCUAACAGAGGGUCCACGCUGCAGCCCCAGUGAUCCGCGCAACGCCCGCUCCAAGGCGUUCGAAGACAAGUACAAGCAGCUGAUGGGUACCGACGAGGCCAGCGUCGAGGCCGUUGCAAAGGGCGCAUGGGCCUCGGCCAAAGAAGACCCAUCGUUUCGCAGCGGGCUCCGGCGCUACGGCGCGUCAAAGUUGUGCCUCCUCAUGAUGAUGUAUGAGCUGCAGCGCCGUCUGGACAAGGACGCCAACCUCAAGAACAUCAGUGUCCUUGGGGUCGACCCGGGCACCAUGAUGACUAGUUUGCCGCGCCUCGCGCCAUGGGCGAUCCGCGUGCUCAUCUUUGGCGUCAUCUAUCCCGUCAUUGCCUUCCUGUUCCCCAACGGCCCGGUGCGGACGCCACAGCGCUCCGGGGCGGAUGUCCUGGAAGCGGCCUUCGGGUCGGGCCUGGGCGCAGGGGACGGCCUACCAAAGGCAUUAUACUUUAAUGGCAGAGAGCCGAUGGAGACGAGCCCUGAGGCGAGGGACUCCCAGAAGCGGGAGUUGGUCUGGAAGGAAACAGUAAAGUAUACCCGGUUGGUGGAGGGCGAGACAAUUCUUGGCGAUUGGCAAUAA